AUGUCAGACAUUCCUGUUCCACUAGCAACAGAAUCCAAGUACAAAUUCUCCGACUUCAGCCCGGAUGCUGAAUGGACUUCAGACAUUGGCGAGAGGCUCACUGUUCGAAUUUUCGUGCUUGUACUCAAUUCAAUGGCUGAUGAGUGGACUGGCUCGACAUUCACUUGGCUCAACUCGCCCCCAGCAGCAGUCCAAAUUCGUAGUUGGUACAAACAUGAUCCCGAUGCACUACCUCCAAAAAAGAAACCAACUGUCAAAUGGCGAGAUAUGUCAUCAACCAUUUUUGGUGGCAAGCGCAAGCGAGGGAAGGAAGGUGAUGAUGACAAUGAAACUUCUGACGUGGACGAUGAUUUCGUAGAUGAGCUUGAAGCACCUGAUGAGGAUAAUGACUCAGACUCGGAUGUCGCUGACCUUGAGGAUACAGCCAAAGAUGGUUCAAGUAAAGUGGAUUCUUUUAACGGCAAAGGUUUCGAUGCUGCCAGUAUCAUCAAUCUCGACUCCGGGAAACGAACCGAUGUGCUUGCUGAUAAGGAUUUGGUAUCCGCAACACCAAGAAACACUGUCAUGCUUCCACCAGCAAGAUGCUAUAUAAUAUAUCUUUACUUAGUAUUGGUGACUGAAUGCAAAUUUUCGCCUGGAUCUGCUGGGCCGGUUUUGCCGCCAGUGGAUAUCCACCCUACUCACUGGUGGAUAAUUGACCCCCAAUUUCUCCAGGUUGCAAAUGCGGACUCUGAUACACUCGGUGCGCACUCGCGGCGCCCGUCCGUGCGGAGCCGUAAUAUCAACGGCUUCCAGCUCCACCCUGUUGCUUCCUCCGCGCUCCCGAUUUAUCGCCAGCUCCAUAACUUCCUAUGCGUCGUCUCACACCUAGCGCCACCUCAAAAUAUCUGCAGACGGCCUCCAGGACCUUUACGUGAUUGCAAAAUAGCUUUCGCCUCACUUACUCCUCCUGCCUCUGCUUUUUUGCCACACGGAACCGCAUUUCCUUACUACUCUCGCACAGAGCCCAGUUCACAUUUCAUGACCCUAUCAGCUGCGUUCUUCAUUACAAAAGUGCACCACAAAAUUCCGAAGAUAUCACAGAGCACGAACGACUGCUCAAGUGCUGUCGCACACAGCGAGUGGUAG